AUGCAAGCCAACCUCUUCAAAAUCCUCGCUAUCACUGCCGCGUUUUCGACGGUGCAGUCCGCCCCAGUAGAGACUGCUGAGGGCCAGGUCACCCAGGAACAGGUCAACGGAACUCAGACCAAUGAGACUCACGCCAAUGAGGCUGAUGUCGAUGAUGUAAUCCGUCUUCUCAGGCCCCGCAGCAAAUCUGCGUUAGGGAGGAAGCUCCUCAUAUCAGCACAAGAGAGAGGGAGGGAGAUGUUUUCGCGCGGUCUUGCAGGUCAUAUUCCUGCCACACAGACACUCAGUGUAUCAAAUGGGGAUGUCUUGAAUGCAAUCUUUACUUCACACCGUGUGGCGAUUCAUACACGCGAUGCUAUUAGCGUAUGGUCGAAGGAUUUAUCACUAUGGAGGAGGAGAAGCGUGGACAUGGGUAUAGCUUAA